GGGACCUCCAGGCGCAACUUGAAGGUGGACAAAAGGCGACUGAUCAGUGAUGGCACCUGACCACUGGCACUAGAGCUGCUUUAGCCUUUCACGAGCCCUUCGAUCGCCGUGGUCCAACAUAUGUACCGGUAUGCCAAUUCAUCCAGCUCACAAACAGCUGCCGUGUUUGGUGGUGAAGCAUGAUGGUGCCACGCAGUACCAGCUCCACUAGAGCCAUGGCCUUGCUUUCUAGAUGAUGAAGAUGCAGGAAGCGCGUCCAAAGCCCAGCUUAUGGCUGUCCCGUCUCCCAGCCAAUGUGCACAGACUCUAUGACCACACAGGAUGCCCCCAUCCGCCUGCCACUGCAUUCCUGCCAGGUGCGGGGCUGCUGGCCGCAUGUGCAAGCAGCAACGGCACCUUACAUAUCUACAAGGUCAGCUGCGAAUCAGAUGUGGAAACAGCAGCGGGUGCCCCUAUGGUGCCUGCUUUUGAUCGCACAGUCUACCGGCUGCUUGUCCGCUACUCUCUGAGCGUGGCGGCUUUCGGAGCCCCAGGAGAAGGCGAGAUCUGGGUAGGAUCAAAGGAAGUGUCCUGGACCAUCGGCCAGGUAGCUUUUGUACCUGGCAGAAACCGUGAGUUGAUUCUGUUCCAGCAGGGUAGCAAGAGAUUGCUCAGCGCACAGCUACCACCACCUGAUGCGGCCAGUCCCAGGCAAGUCGAGGACGGCGGGGGCAGCCUCGCAAGCACUCGGCAAGGCACAGAUGAGGAAGGCGACAGGCUCGGCGCCAAAGCUGAGGUCACUGGCUGCACACCGGUGGGCUGCUUGGGCAGUUGUCCAAGUGCCCUGUCUUGCUUCUCUGUGGCAGGAGAUGGCACGGCUGUGGCCGCAGCAGAUGAGGAGGGGGCCAUCCGUGUGUGGUCGCUUGUGGAUGGGCAGGUCAAGCUGGGCGCAGAAGGGGCAGACUGGGCGCCGCAGAAUGCAGGGCGGCCGUUGAUACAUUCUCUAGCUUUUGCUGAUAGCCAACUUCUUGUCGCGGCAUGCUGCGACGGGGCUGUUCGAAUCUGGGCCUGCCACUGUCCCCCCAGCUUGCAACUGGUCGACACCCUGACAACACUGGAGAGAAGCCCACUGGUGGGCUUGGCAGUCCACUGGCUGGAAGAGGGCCAGGCCUUCGCCAGCCAGGGUGAGGGGUUGAGCAGCGGUGUCAUCGCUGCAGGCGCUGCCAAUGGGAUGCUACACGUGUGGAAGGCCCUGUCUGGCGGCCGUUGGCAGCUGGUGUUUGUUGCGGACCAUGCCGCUGCAGAGGGCAGCUUAACCAGCCUGGCCUUUUCUCCAGGGGGCACCCUUCUGGCCAGCGCAGCUGCGGGGGGCAGGUCCAGGCAAAGGCCAGCAGAGUACGAUAGUUCCUCGGCCAAUGAAGAAGAGGAAUUGGGGGGCAUUGGAGAGGAGAUGAGCUGCCCAAUCCGGGUUUAUGAGACAUCUAGGUGGGCGUGCCUUGCGGCUCAUUUCGGAGUAGCGGAGGGCCCAGUUACGCUCCACUUUGCUGAGAGACGAGAUCUCACUGGUGGUGCCUCGACGGCACCCAGCGGAGGUGGCAAUAGUCCAGAUGCAAGCCAGUCACUGCUGGUGUUGGCUGCUCACGGGCCGCCGUGCGUUGUACAGGACCCGGAGAAGGCUGUCGCAGCCGUCAAGUCAGAAGGCACAGGCCCGCAAGUUCCUGAUAAGAGGGAUGCAAUGGAAGGUGUGAACAGUAUUGAUUCUGAUCGCACGCAUGGAAAACAGGGUCCCUUGUCAAGGAAGGAACCGAACAUGGAGCCAGUCACAACGGGACGGCCGGGGCUGUCGAGUAGUGACAGAAGGGGCCCCCUUGAAGUGGAAUCGGAAGAAGUGAUGGAAGAGAGGCUUGGGGACUUGCGAGCAACGAGGACGGUGGAAGGGAGCAGUAUCGCCCUUGAGUCAGGGGUUGGGGGCCCCCGGCCAUCCAGUAAACGGGAGCUGCUGGGUGUGCAGCUGGCUGGAGAGGACUUGGAGGAGGAGCAAGAUGGGGCGCCCACUCCGUCGCCCCUCCCUGCACGGCUUGCCGACAAUGCUUUGAGAGCCACCUCCAAGGCCCCAGCUUUGGGCGUUGCUCCACUCCAAAGGAAGGGCGGACCCCCUGUUACAGGCCGUGUAGCGAUGGGGGCCAGCCCGGGCAGUGCCGGUGCCAUUACGUGCCAGCUAAGUGCGCCAGCGCUGCAUUCUACUGCGCGCCUGCUGGUCCAGCUGGAGCAGCUGCAGGCGCAGCAGUUUGACUCGGCCGCGGCGCUGCAAUCGGUGGCCAUGGGCAGCAGGCCCGCCAGCGUGAAGGCCGACCUGGCGGGGCUGGCGGGGGGGCUGUCCCUGGGGGACUUUGCCAGGCUGGGGGGCGCAGGGACGGGAGACCAGCCACAGUAUACGGGGCUCACCCCCCUGGAGGAUGAGAUGCCGCCGGAGGCAGUGCCCAGGCCCAUUGGGAAGCAGGUGGAUGCGCGCUGGCAAGCGGCCCUAGCGCAGCCGCCACAACUGGAUGCGCUGUGGAACCCGCAGGAGAGAUGCCCACAGGUAUGCGAUGUGACGCCCGUUUACUGCCCCUCCAAGGGAGAGUGGGACCAGACAGGGGAGCACGCGAUGGCCGCUUGGAGCUGCCUUGCGGCCAUGCCUCGCUAAGUGACGUCUCGAGAUUGAUCUCCCCAGCUUAUGAUAGGGGUCAUAGACAAACAGGAAGCUAGUGUGGCCGUAAAUGCCAGGAAUUUACCUGAUCACCGCUUCUGGCUGCUUGCUUUCUGCAUCUGCCUUUGGUGAACCAUAGCUUGCUGCUCGCGGAUCGAGAUAAUAGAAGACAACAUCCGAAUCAAUAGACACCCAGGAAAGUAUUGAAUUGGUCACUUGAGCCGCGCCCCGCUGCAAAGAGGAGCUAGCAAACUUCGAGUGUUGGUUGACAUCAAGGGGAACGUACUAUAUGGUGACAGGUCGAGCGCGGCGCUCAAAAGGCAUACAUAUAACUAAGUGGCCACAUCUUGUCGAAAAUACCGUUUAGGGAUUGAAUUGGACCAAGCUGCAAAUGCUUUAUAAACCUGGAGCAGUUUCGUUCAAUCCACAUUCGGAGAUGACCUCGGGUCUGCAAAGUUUAGGUCUUGGAAGCUUGUGCCACAAGCCGUCGGAACCCACGUGGGGCUUGGGUGAGUGGAGU